GUUGAGAUAGCGAUUCGGACGGUUCUCCGAGCAGUCUUCACACGGAAGCGGAAGUGUGCUAACUAAUAUUUCUCAAAAAAACAAAAGUUUCAAGCUUUCAACGCUUAACCAACUAUGGAUAGUCAAGCAUUUCGUAAACAUGGCACCGAAAUGGUGGAAUACAUUUGCAAAUAUAUGGAGACGCUUAAGGACCGGCGCGUAACACCAAGUGUUGAACCUGGAUAUCUUAGGCACUUAAUCCCCUCUGAGGCCCCAUACGAACCCGAAGAAUGGGGUAGAAUAAUGCAAGAUGUUGAAGAUAAAAUAAUGCCCGGCGUAACACAUUGGCAGCACCCAAGAUUCCACGCCUACUUCCCAGCAGGCAAUGCAUACGAAUCAAUAUUGGGCGAUAUGCUCGGCGACGGGAUCGGUUGCAUUGGCUUCUCCUGGGCAGCGAGUCCAGCUUGCACGGAGUUGGAAACGAUUGUGCUGGAUUGGUUGGGCAAAGCUAUCGGACUGCCAGAUCACUUUCUAGCUUUAAAAGAAGGCAGCACGGGCGGUGGCGUAAUACAGACCUCAGCCUCGGAAUGCGUGCUUGUCAGCAUGUUGGCUGCACGCGCUCAAGCGCUCAAGCGUCUCAUGGCAAAACACCCGAAUUCCGAGGAGAGUCAUUUAUUGUGCAAAUUGAUUGCCUAUUGCUCGAAGGAGGCACACAGCUGUGUUGAGAAGGCAGCCAUGAUUAGUUUCGUGAAACUGCGCAUCUUGGAGCCCGAUGAAAAUGCCAGCUUACGCGGCCGCAUUUUGGCUGAGGCAAUGGAGGAGGACGAACAACAAGGUCUAGUACCAUUUUUCGUCUCCACAACACUCGGUACAACCGGCUCGUGCGCUUUUGACAGCCUAGAGGAGAUUGGCAAAGAGAUACAACGCUUUCCAUGUAUUUGGUUGCAUGUGGAUGCUGCCUAUGCCGGUAACUCAUUUAUCUGCCCUGAAUUGAAACCGCUGCUAAAGGGCAUCGAAUAUGCUGACUCAUUCAAUACGAAUCCAAAUAAAUGGUUAUUAACAAAUUUCGACUGUUCAACAUUGUGGGUACGCGAUCGAAUCCGCUUGACAUCAGCGCUUGUCGUGGAUCCAUUGUAUCUCAAGCAUUGCUAUGACGAUGCUGCGAUUGACUACCGUCAUUGGGGAGUUCCGCUCAGUCGACGUUUUCGUUCAUUGAAAUUAUGGUUCGUUUUACGUUCAUAUGGAAUUUCCGGUUUGCAGAAUUACAUACGACGUCACAUCGAAUUGGCCAAACGUUUCGAACAGCAUGUGUUAAAAGAUAAACGCUUCGAGAUUUGCAAUCAAGUCAAGCUUGGCUUGGUCUGCUUCCGUUUGAAGGGCAACGAUAAAUUGAAUGAGAAACUGCUGAGUACCAUCAAUGAGUCAGGCAAAUUACAUAUGGUACCGGCUAGUGUUAACGAUAAAUAUAUAAUACGUUUCUGUGCGGUCGCCCAAAAUGCCAGCGAAGAUGAUAUCGAUUAUGCCUGGGAGACCAUAGUCGACUUUGCUAAUGAAUUGUUGGAGAAGGAACAACAUGAUGAACUCUCUGAGAUUAUUAAUCGCAAGAAGGAGGACACACUGGCUAAGAAACGUUCAUUCUUCGUACGCAUGGUCAGUGACCCGAAGAUCUAUAAUCCGGCUAUCAAUAAGGCUGGCACACCGAAUAUGUCGCUAGAUGUUACAUCACCGGUGGUAGGCAACAGCAGAAAUCCGAUAAUACGCACUCAAGCAUCGACGGAUCGUAAUACCUGGAUUUCCUGGCCAUUGGCUUUUCUCUUCAAUAGCAAUAACGAUGAGGGUGGUGCAAAGAGUAAUGUUUCAUUGCGUUUUCGUCAUUUGGACACAAACGUGCGGCCCACCUCAUCGUCAAGACGCAAUUCUGGCGCAACAUCUUCGCCGUCACCCGAUAAUGAGUUGGGCUUCAUCAAUUUGAAAAAGUCACCAAUAAGGCAGAGCACUUCGCCUUCGCCACGCAAAUCACACUAAACACAGCUGACAGUUACUUAACAAAAAAAAAAAAAAAAACAAUUAUCUUUUCUGAUAUUCUCAGUGAUAUUGCUAAUACUAAAAUUUUUUCUGAUUUACUAGUGAAAAUGUUUAAGACUCGAAAAUCAAAGCAAAAACCAAAAAACUAAGCAAACAAAUAUAUUCGCUUAUUUCAGAUCUACAUA